UUUCUGCGACUCUUUUUUAUUCAGUUUGAGGGUUUGGGUUUUUUAGGGCUUAGGGUGACUCGGGUUGGAAUUCGUCGAAUUCGAACAUCUGCUGUAGGGAAUUCUGCAGAUUUCUAUCUCGAAUUUGUGCAGUUGGGUUUUCGUUCCUCGCCAUCGCCAAGAUGUCUGCGGCCAGAGUGGUGAUGGGACGCGCCAAGCGUGGCUUGUACGCAGGUCGUCAUAUUCAAUUCGGGAAUCAAGUCAGUGAAGACGGUGGCAACAAAUCACGUCGGACUUGGAAACCCAAUGUGCAAACGAAACGGAUUUUUAGUUUGGGGUUGGAUCGGUACAUCAAGAUGAAUAUUACCAUGCACGCCCUGCGGUGCAUUGACAAAGCUGGAGGGUUGGACGAGUAUCUGUUGACUACGCCCGAACACAAAUUGGACAAUGACCUAGCCCGGGAAUGGAGGACAAGGAUCGCGGCAGUGUACAACAAACUGUACACAAUGGAAGUUGCCGCUCUAACUGUAAAGCCUGGUUGCGAGAAGAAAUUGCCUCAGCACCUUCAAGCCAGGUCAAGAGGGUUUACGCUAGAACAGUUGAAAGCUUUAGAAGCUCGCAAUUCAUCACACUUAAACGCUUUAGAAGCUGGGAAUGCAUCGUAGAGGUAAGUUUUUAUUAAAAGAAUGUUUAUUGCUUUGAAGUAGUGUACGAGGUAUUUGGGAGGGUUGACUAGGGUGAUUUAGAUAUGAUCAUGACUGACUUAAUGAACUCGAGACACUAGUGGCUUAGAAUUUAGAGAUUGUUUUUAUGUUUUACAGGAGGAAUGGUCUGAAGACAUCCACGUUAUGCCGAUGUUCAUUUGCCUUCAGUGAAGAACAAGAGCAGUCAACUUCACUUCACAUUUUGCUGAGAAAAUAAACCACAGUUCAUGUGCAUGUGUCUGUUCCAAAACGAAAAUAUAAUUUGGGGUAGCUCUUGGACAUGCGAAUUGUUACAAUUCAGUGCGGUCUUCAGGCAUGUUAAUAGAAUUAGGAAGUUAUAUGUGAUCCCAGAAACUAUGUUGGAUCGAGUAUUUAUUUUUUAUUCACGUGUUCGCACGGACCGUCCUGUCUUAGAGUGAACUUUCAAUUAUGUAGCCGUCAUUGUGGCUAGCUGGACGGCCUUCGUCAAGUGCGUUUUAACUUAGGCUAAUUCAUGUCACUUGCUUGCAACAAUGCUAAUACUGUUUCAUAUUCAGUCAAA